UAAUAGUUACUUUAUCAUUUGCAUGUUUUGAAAAGGAAAUGAAUGUGUGUUGUUUAGUUUUGUUCAUGUUCACUGAGGCGAUGAGCUGGUCUGAGAGCAGGCAGUUCUGUAAGAAUCGUGGAGCUGAUCUGGUCAUUAUUAAGAGUGAAGAGAAGCAGAGGUUGAUUUCCUCAUUAGUCAAGGAGGACACAUGGAUCGGUUUGUCUGACAAAGAGACUGAGGGCACCAUGAAGUGGGUGGAUAAUUCACCACUGAAUCAAGGGUUCUGGUCCCGUGGUGAGCCGAAUAAUGCAGUUGUAAAUGAAGACUGUAUUGAAAUGACGCCUACAAAACCCAUCCUGAACAACUGGAAUGACGAACAGUGCUCAAGAGAGAAAAAAGGCAUUUGUGAGAAAUCGGGUUCAUUCAGUCUUGUUUUUAAAUAAUUUGUAGUUUGAGUUUCCUGUCUUUAAAACCGUUUGCAUCUUUGACAUAACCUGCUUUCAUAAUAUCAAUCAUGCCUUUAAAUGUACUUUUAUUUGCCGCAUCAUUUGCAGCAAUGGAUAUUCAGAUAAAAAAAACACUUAGCUGUCAUUAUUUUCUCUUUGCAGUGAUACCCUAACAUAUUUUUCAUUGUACUGUUGUAUAUCG